GAUGGCGGUAAUGCCACAAAAAUGGCGGCUGCCGUUAGCCCCGGAAAAGAAGGAGAAGAAGAAUCAGCCCGCUCCUCCUCCUCUUGUUCCUCCUCCGUUAUGUUCCCUGGGUCAUUUCCGUUCCUCCUCCCUGAACUGCAGAGGCCCCAUUUUGUUUGAUUUCUGAGUCUGCAAUCACUUCGACGGACAGGUAACCCUACAACGUCAACAUGAGCGGGUGUCGUAUUUUCAUCGGCCGUCUGAGUCCGUCUGCCAGAGAGAAGGAUGUGGAGAGGUUCUUCAAAGGAUACGGCCGCAUCCGAGAUAUUGACCUCAAGAAGGGCUUCGGCUUUGUGGAGUUUGACGACCCCAGAGAUGCUGAGGAUGCAGUCUAUGAGCUUGAUGGCAAAGAGCUGUGCAAUGAAAGGGUGACCAUUGAGCACGCCCGUGUGCGUCUGCGGGGUGGCCGCGGCAGAGGAGCCGGCGGUGGUGGAGGACGUUUCCCAGAUCGCUAUGGCAGAGGGUCCCAGAGCAGUCGGAGUCGAAACCCUCCUCCGAUGCGCACUGAGAACCGUCUGAUUGUGGAGAACUUGUCCUCUCGUGUCAGCUGGCAGGACCUGAAAGAUUUCAUGAGACAAGCUGGAGAGGUGACAUUUGCAGAUGCACAUCGCCCCAAGGUCAACGAAGGGGUUGUUGAGUUUGCCUCUUACAGUGACCUGAAAAAUGCCCUUGAGAAACUGUCUGGAAAGGAAAUGAAUGGCAGGAAAAUCAAGCUCAUUGAGGCAGCCAAGAAGAGGUCAAGAAGUCGUUCCCGUUCUGAGAGCUCCUCUCGCUCACGGUCCCGUUCUCGCGGUCGCUCUCCAUCCCGCUCCCCCAGACGCUCCCGCAGCCCCGCCAAGGCCCACAACCGGUCCAGGUCCCGAUCUCGCUCCCGAUCUCGCUCCCGAUCUCGCUCCCGAUCCCGCUCUGGCUCCCCUGCCGGCGGUGCCUCCUCCCCAGCACCCAAAUCAAAGGAGCCUGCGAAGAGGUCCUCAAAGACGAGCAAGUCUGCCACUCCCCCCUCCCCUCUGCCGGCUCAGAGAGUCUCCGUCUCCCGCUCCCGCUCUCGUUCUCGAUCGCGGUCCCGCUCUCGCUCUCCGUCUACUGACAGCCAGCGCUAACAGCUGUGUUUGAGUUUAACCAAUCAUCAGUAGGAACGACUCGUGUCAGCAGUAGAAUCAGCCUGGAUGAAUUGGCACACUGGAGGUCCCUUCUGAAAGCUGAGACAAGUUUGUUUUUUCAUGUCCGGGUGGUUUUCUUUAGUAUCAAGUUUUUCACGUAAAAGCGCAGAUACAUUGUCAGAUGGGGGACAAUGAUAUCAGGUCAAAUAUUUCAUCAUCAUAAUAGGGCAUUUAUAAAUUGAAUAACUAAAGAGAAGGCACUCGUGAUGCUGUUCGUGUCCUCCCACUCAUUACCCAUCGAGCCAAGACUCGUUAUGUGUGUUUACACCCAGUGACUCCACUUCUGAUUACUUUUAUUGAAGCGGCAGGUCCAAGACUGGUCCUGCAGCGAUGAUGCUUCUCACAAAAUCACAAAAAAGCCCAAGUCUCAAUGAUCUUAAGCCUGCAAAGUUAGUGAUAUCUACACUUUGCAGAAGAGGGAAUCUGUAUUUUUGCGCAGUAUUUGGAUGCUUUUGUUAAGUCAUGCCACCACUUUCUUUCAUUUAUCGUCAGUGAGAAUUUUUUAAAUCACCUUUUUCCACCUUUGUCCGUAUCGCUCAUGUUUUCCAAGUCACUUCUUCCUGUAUUUUCUGACAUACCGUACUGACCACAGCCGGCGUACGUGAUAUCUAUUACUUAGAAUGCUUGCAUGUGCUUUUGUUUGAUCAAAAUUAUACUCUUAUCACCAUCGAAAUGUUUUAUUUGUGCUUUAAGCUCAAAUAGAAACAACCUUCACAAGUGGCACUGGCAGCUCCGGUGUCAUGAACACUGUACAUUACGCAACGUUGUUCCUGCAGUUGAACAGCUGUACAGUAAAUAAGUUUGUCCCUUUUUUCUUGCAGCUAGCUGGGAGAUGUAAUGCUUUCCUAAAGAUACGGUCAACACUUUAAUUUCAACACUGUAAAAUGGUGUUGCCCACAGAAUGCAGUUUAUUCUAGCAUUGUAAUUUUCUUAUUUGGUGUAGGGUUUUCUUUGUGUACAGUGUUGCAGACUUUUGUUUUUACACAAGUGUGCAAAGUAAUUCCAAGAAUCUGUUGGUACUGUGACUGAUCGUUACUGUGGUACAAAAGAACGUGUAGACAAGAGUUUGGGAAAAAAAAACUUUUUUGUAUAUAGGAAUUUUAUUUUCAGUGGAAAAAUAUGAUGGACAUUUGUAUGGUGUAGGAAGACUUGAAAAAUAAAACUGUUUUAACUAAA